AUCAUCAUUCUCCCUAUUCAUUACCAUAGUCAAACGGCCUUCUUGUACAUUAGUUCUCCUUAGCAUUCGUCAUUCCCACCAUUCACUCAUUGCAUACUUUUUAUAUUCUGUACAUUAGCAUCUCUGUAUAUUACGACUACCCACUAACACUGACACUACGGCUCACUGACACUGCUCACUGACACUACUCACUAAUACUCACUAACAUACUGCACUACACUACACACUACUACGCUACACACUACUACACUACUCACUACACCACACUACACUAUGACUGCUUACCCCACCCGAUCCGCAUCCAUCUCCACGCCAGAAGACCCGCUGGCUCCUCAACCAUUAGCCAAAUUCUCUAAGCCCGGCUUGAGAUCAGCAUCGUUUGGUUCAAAUUUCUUCACUAAGGAAACUCCGUCUUUCUUACCAGAAGAGUCAGCCAACGAUUCACGUGAUGAGUCCAAUACUUCACUCAUCAUUCUUCCACCACCGGAAGAAGAUGAGAGUAUCGUAAAAUCAGCUGAUUUAGACAUUGUGGGUGCCUUAGGUAAUCUCGAUUUAGACGAAGAUUUUGAUCCCCAAGCUGAAAAGGCUCAGUCCAGAUCAAAAUCUUCCACUCCAUUCAGUCAGCCUUUAUAUGGCAAUGGGAAUGGGAAUGGUAAUGGUUCAGACAAUUAUCCAUUGUAUCAACCUUAUCAUCCCCACCCCCAUCAGGGUUCUUUAACUCCUAAUCCAUCUUUGUUAGCCAGUGGUUCUGGUUCUGGUACUGGUUCUGGUACUGGUUCUGGUGCAGCCACUGGACCCUUUGGUUCAAAUACUCCUUCGUCAACGUGGAAUAAUACUUUUAUUCCAUCGUCUGCUCCACCGUUUAGUUAUACUAAAAAUGCUGAAUCAAAUGAAUUGCCAAUCUUUGUCAAACCAUUUGAAUUACCAUCAGAAGAGUCAACUGCCAAACCUGAUGAACUGCAACAAUUCUCCAACUUAUUUGGAGGCAUCUUAGACUCUAAGCAACCGUUUAUACCUGGUGAUGAGUCUACUAGUAAGAGUGCUACUGCCACUCCUGAAGCUGAUUCAGUCAAUAUCAAUAAUACUAAUACUACUACUACUUCUACUAAUAUUAAUCCUGUUGAUACUGAAAAGAGACCUAUCCCAUUCCAUAAUCCUCUUGCUCCUCAACAAUUCCAUUUACCGGAUAAUUUAUCUAUUCCUCCACCUCCUAUGGCAGGAUUUCCUCAUCCUCAUCCUCAUCCUCAUCAACUUCCUCAUCAACUUGCUCAUCAACUUGCUCCUGCCGGGAUGUGGAAUCACCAACCUCCUCUUAUGCAUCCUAGUAUGGGGAAUAUGUUUGAUGGUAGAAUGAUGCCUCCAUCUCCAUCUCCUGCUCCAUCUCAUGGUCAUCCACUUGCUCAUGGACCUCCUCCUCCUCAUCCUUCAAUGAUGCCUCCACCAUCCAUGCCAUACAUGAAUCAGUUCAAUGGUAACAUGAGAAACAACGGAGGUCAUCAUCAUCACCAUAAUGGUAACUCCAACAAUAACACUAACAACAAUAACACUAACAAUAACUCUAACAAUACCAACAACAAUCGUCAUAAUCGUGGCAAUUAUGGAUACAUGAAUGAAUCGAACAUUCAUCGUAAAGUCCACAACAACAAUAACAAUAACAAUAACAAUAGAAGAAAAGGUGAAGAUGCUUCUAAAUAUGCCAAUGCCAAAUUAGAAGACUUUGUGGGCCAGAUCUUCAACUUAUGUAAAGAUCAACAUGGAUGUAGAUUCUUACAACGUCAAUUAGAUCUUGGAAAGGAGUUAGUUGAAGGUAAGUUAGUUGAAGAUAGUUCUAAUGAUAAGGAUACCACCACCAAUAUAUUACCAAAUGAUAUUGCAGCUACUAUGAUCUUUAAUGAAAUCUAUUUAAAGAUUGUGGAAUUAAUGACAGACCCAUUUGGCAAUUACUUAGUGCAAAAGUUAUUUGAAAAUGUAUCAGUUGAUCAAAGAAUUAUCUUAGUAAAGAAUUCUUCAACUGACUUUAUUAGAAUUGCUUUAGAUCCUCAUGGAACAAGAGCAUUACAAAAAUUAGUUGAUUGUAUUUCUACUGAAGAAGAAAGUCAAAUCAUUAUUGAAAGUUUAAGUAAUCAUAUUGUUUCAUUAUCUAGAGAUUUAAAUGGUAAUCAUGUUGUACAAAAAUGUUUACAGAAAUUAAAACCAGCAGAUAAUCAAUUUAUAUUUAAUGCUGCUUGUUAUAAUUGUAAUGAAAUUGCCACUCAUAGACAUGGAUGUUGUGUAUUACAAAGAUGUUUAGAUAAUGGUGAUGUAUCACAACGUAAACAAUUAUCAUUAAAAGUUGCAGAAAAUGCAACCAAUUUAUCUUUAGAUCCAUUUGGAAAUUAUGUGGUUCAAUAUGUAUUAUCAAGAGGGGAUGAAGAAUCAAUUCAAAUCAUUAUGAAUCAUAUUAAAUCCAAUAUAAUUUCAUUAUCUUUACAUAAAUUUGGUUCUAAUGUUAUUGAAAAAUCGUUAAGAAUUAAUAAAUUAACUCAUAAUAUUAUUGAUGAAUUAUUAAAUCAACAAGCACAUUUUAGUGAAUUGUUAAAUGAUGCAUUUGGUAAUUAUGUCUUACAAACUAGUUUAGAUGUGGCUACUCAACAGCAAUUAGUUAAUUUAUCUAAAGUAUUGCAGCCAUUGUUGGUGUCGAUUAAGAACACUCCUCAUGGUAGAAGGAUCAUGUCCAAGAUCCAGCCGGUGGCUUAGGGUACUUCUGCUAGUAGUAGUAGUACUACUACACCCACUGCCACUACCACACUCUUACACUCUCUCACUCUCUUGUAUAUUCAAAUGUAUAUUACUCGUAUAUUGCGUGCCCUUCCCAAUGGGGUAAUACUUUGCGGGAACAAAAGCGCAAAAAUUUAUCCGAGCUACUUAACCCU